AUGCUUCGAACACACUCUGCCACGAAAGUCGUUCGCCAGGCGCUGGUUCGCAGCCAGUUCGCCUCGGUCCCUGCCGCGACUCGGGGUAACGCCACCCGUGCGCUCUCCAACCCCCAGCUCAACAACAUCGAGAAGAGGUGGGAGUCGAUGCCUCUCCAGGAGCAGGCCGAGCUCUGGAUGGCCUUGAGGGAUAGGAUGAAGGGUUCUUGGAAGGAGCUGUCGGUCCAGGAGAAGAAGGCUGCCUACUGGAUUGCUUUCGGUCCCCACGGCCCCCGUGCCCUCGACCCUCCCGGUGAGGGCAAGAACCUCUUCUUCCACACCACCCUCAUCCUCGCCGGCUGCCUCGCCAUCUUCGUCGCCAUCCGUGCCUUCGGUGGCCAGCCUCCGGAGUCUAUGACCAAGGAGUGGCAAGAAGCCUCCAACGAGCUCCUCAAGGAGCAAAAAUCCGACCCCAUCACCGGCUUCACCUCUGAGGGCUACAAGGGCAAGGGCAUGAUCCAGUCCCCUCCCAAGGGUGCUUAA